UUGGGUGAGCUGAGAGCGGGCCGUUUCCGGCGGCGCCGCGUGGAGCUUUUCCGCUUGGAAGCCGUCGCCAUGGCGGUCUUCGCUGGUCCGGCUAAGCCGUUCCUGUCGCUGAACCCGCAGGAAGAGGCCAAAUUUCAGAAGGAGGUGGCGCAGGCCCGCCGGCGCGCAACCCAGCGACAGGAGAAAGAAAAACUGACUCCUGGAGUAAUCUAUGUGGGCCACUUACCUCCAGCACUUUAUGAAACCCAGAUCCGGGCAUAUUUCUCCCAGUUUGGCACUGUUACAAGAUUCAGACUGUCCAGAAGUAAAAGGACUGGAAAUAGUAAAGGCUAUGCCUUUGUGGAGUUUGCAUCUGAAGAUGUUGCCAAGAUAGUUGCUGAUACAAUGAACAACUACCUUUUUGGUGAAAGACUCUUAAAGUGUCAUUUUAUACCACCCGAAAAAGUACAUGAAGAACUUUUUAGAGAGUGGCAUGUUCCAUUUAAAAAGCCAUCAUAUCCAGCAGUGAAACGGUAUAAUCAGAAUCGGACCCUUCUUCAAAAGCUACAGAUGGAGGAGCGAUUUAAAAAGAAGGAGAAAUUACUCAGGAAGAAAUUAGCUAAAAAAGGAAUUGAUUAUGAUUUUCCUUCACUGAUUUUACGUAAAAAGGAGAAAAGAAAUGCUUCAAAUACUGGGCUUCAGAAAUCUACAAAUAGCCAGGUCUUAUCAAAGAAAAAGAAGAAGAAAAAGGCUUCACGUGCUCCUACCACUCCUGAGAAGACUGUGGAUAGCCAGGGCCCCACACCAGUUUGUACGCCAACAUUUUUGGAGAAACGAAAAUCUGAAGUGGCUAAAAUGAACGUUGAUGAUCAAGAUAAGGAAAUAGUUUUCAAACAACCCGUACCUGGUGUAAAAGAAGAAACACAAGAGACUCAAACACCUACACGUUCGAGAAAAAAAAGACGAAGAAAAAGCAAUCAGUGAUUCUGAAAAAUGUGAUUUUAGUGUGAGGGCUAAUUCUUUGUAUGUAACUAGAUGCAGUGGAGUACAACCAUUGACAAGAUUCUUGGAGGACAAACUCAGUUCAAGUCAGCACGGAAAGCGGUUGCAGCUGGCUUAGCUGCCCUUGCUGAGACGCGCAGGUGCCUCGCCUGCAGGAGUCAGGCGAACGCUACCUCUUUGUCCUGGUCUCUAGUUUUCUUUGCAGAUGUUAUAGCUGUCUUUAGUUACUCUGCCUGGAUAGGAAAGUCACCAUUUAUUGCAGCUUUCGUUGUUACCAUCAAAUAAAAUAAAAUCUUGCUUGACUACCUACAUGGUUUAUUAGGUGUGCAACUUUAACCCAUAAGGGCAUUCAACAUCGUGUGCUUGAAACUGGAAGUUAUGUAAUAUGCAGAGAGAGAAGUAUAUGUGAUCACUUUCACCAUGUUAAGUUAGGUUUUGGUGAGCAAGAUUUAAUAACCGUCGUUUUGUGUCUGUAUCAUGGAUGUGGAAUUGUAUUUCAAGAAAUCAGUGACCAGCAAAUAAACUUUUUCUGUAAUUCAUUCGUA